AUGGGCUUAGGGGAAAGGAAAAUUGCAAGAGAGAAAGAAAAAAAAUUGGAGGAGAAAGAGGGGGGGGGCGGGGUCCAAGAAUGUUCAGGGAAAAGAGAAAAGUAUAAGAAGGGGUGGAUAGGAUCGAGAGGAUGGGGAAGAAAUGUUGAACAGUGUAGAACAAACAAGCAAAAAUUAAGAAUGGCUUUGACUUUAACAGAUUUUUUCAAACUAGUGGGUGCAGUGAUUAUUCCACCUUUGGGUGUGUUUAUGGAGCGUGGAUGUACAUGUGAUUUGCUGAUCAACAUUUUGUUGACGUGUUUGGGAUACAUCCCCGGUAUCGUGCAUGCGGUGUAUAUUAUAUUGAAAUAUUGA